UCUUUUGGAGGCAACCGAACUGAUUUAUCAACAUUGUAACAUUUAGAGAAAGGCAUCGAGCCGCGUGUCUCUUUUGUUCUCAUCACACAUCUCAAGAACAGAGUUUCACACUUUAAAGAUGAGGCAAUGUGCAUUUUGUGGGACCAUGACAUCGGAGAUUUGAAAAGGAAUACGUGACGGUCAGAUAAUCUGAUGUAAGUCAAAGUAAGCAAGAACAAUGUAUUUAUAGCAUUGUUUAGAGGCGGAAGUCACAAAGUGCUUGACAGUUGUAAUAAUAAGAAAACAAAAAUAACACAGUACGACCGUACAAGGGGCCGAUAAAGGUCAAGAAGUUUUUAACACAACGCACUUUAAAGAAGGCAAAGUAAAAUACACACUCAAAACAGGCCUAGAGCGGGAGUCUGGCCAUAAAGUGCUCUGUAAGUGAGAGUGAGGAGCCAGUGAAGAGACCUAAGAGAGCAUUAUCGUAAGAGAUGAUAAAACUAAUCUGACAAAGAUCUGGACACAAGUCCGACUGGACGGACCGGUCAGUGGCGUGCAUCCCGUGCUGGCCUAUAAGAAGACACCCUGGCCCGCCAAUCCUUACUUACCCGACACGCCGCUCACAGAAAGGUAAGAAAAUCCACCUGCUUCUAAUUUACUUCUGAAUUGUAUUGUAUUUUCUUUAAUAAUGAGGAACACUAGCCCUCAUAAUCAUGGAUGUCUGAUCUCCAAGACUUGCGUCUGAAUACAUCAUGAAAAUGAACCACAAACACACACUUUAUCCACGGGUAUACAAUCUCAAAAUAAUAAAUAUAAUGUUGAAAUAUCGCGUUGAAAUAUAAUGUUGCUGCAUUUAAAAGAAAAGCGUCUUCAGAUCCUUCUUUCUUCCCUCAAACAAGGAUUAUUUCAUACAAUCCACUUGGAGGACGAGACCCAGACAUCAUUACCGUAUUCUCCUUUUCACGAGAUAGGAAGCACUACCCUUUCUAUUCAUUAAUCUCUGCCCUUUCCUUUUUUAUGUUGAUAGCCUGUUUUUUUAAAACUGUACCUAAUACUGUAUAUACUACCAACAUAUGUACAGUGUGUUUUUAUAUUUUUCCUUAUUAUUAUAGUGCGUUUGUACCUCCAUUGACUCGGAGAGCCCUGCAAGACAAUUCCAAUGUGUUUGGAUUGUUGGUCGAGGCACAAAUGGCAAAUAAAAAACCUUGAAUCUUUAACCUUAUAGUGCAGAAAUAGUAAUAUCAGUGUUUUAUGGUAUAAUUUACCACAAAGAUUUGGUCUUACUGUAAUCUGCAGGGGGGGGGUUCCAGUCAGAAGUUUGAGUCAUGCCUCAUCGGAUGGUCGUAACCCAACCCAGCCCCUUCAUCAAGACCAGUUCACAUGACCAAUGGACCUCUGGCAUCUGUGAUUGCUUCCAGGACCUGCCGCAGUGCUGCCUCGCCUUUUGGUGUCUUCCCUGCUUCGCCUGUAAGACGGCGCAUGAGGCCGGGGAGUGUGUGUGCCUACCUCUGCUGGACUCUUUUGGACUCAUCCCUCCUGCGGCCACAGCCCUCAGGGUGUCGGUCCGCCAACGCUAUGGCAUUGAGGGUACAGUGUGCAGGGACUGUGUGGCCUCCUUCUUCUGCUGGUCCUGCACCUGGUGUCAAAUAGCGAGAGAGAUCAAAACAAGGACGAAACCCAUCACCGCCGCCCGCUAGGAGCGACCACGCUGGAGCCGCCUCGUGACGCGUGGCGGCUCCAAGCGCGGCUGCCUCCGUGCAACGCCGCCGAGCAACUGAUCGAGGAUCAGCGCGUGAGGGGAUGAUGCAACACCUGGUGACGGAACAGAAGAGAUAAGCACUCACGUUUACCAGAGACAGUCGUGGUGUCAACUGAACCGUAUUGGAUACGGUGUGGGGGGGGGCAUUACACACAGAUUUCACACCGUAAUAUUUUAAAUGAAAUAAGGGAAUUUUGCACUUGUUUUCAAGAUGUUUGCUCAAAGCAGCGAUGGGGCAACGUGCCAACACGGCACUCAUUAUAGAGAUGUGUGAAGAUCAAUGUACCUGAAUGGCCGGUUAUAAUGUAUUAUAACUAAUAUAAUUCACUGCAAUUAAUGCUUUAGAUGCAUUUUUCGAUAAAAGUGACAUCCUUCUUGUUUACAUCCCUGAAUCUUUCAUGUUCCUAGUAUUCUGAUGACAUGCGAGUCCUCUUCAAUAAAACCCAGCGAGUCUGAAGUUCAACACAGUGAAUGUCAGCGUGCCCCUUGCAUAA